AUGAGUCGUCAACUCAGCUUUCCGAUAGCACUCGCGGCUGCUCUACUUUUAGCUAUAACUCAUAACUUUCCAUUCUUUCAACUAGCCACAGCCUCCCAAAAUCACCCUGAAAACAGUUAUUCUGUAAACAGUCCCUUAGAGUUACCUCAAAGCAGCAACAGUUACCCCGAAUUCAGUGAAAUUGAGACGCGACAGGACAACAUGGGGGCAUGUGGGAAGAAUCCCUGCAUGAAUGGGGGCAACUGUAAUGUGUUGGCGACUGGGGUGGGGGGAGGGAGAGUGUCGAAGGAUGAGAUGUUUGUGUGCCACUGCAUGACUGGCUUCUACGGCAGGAAGUGUGAGAAGGGGUCGGGGGUGUCUCUGAAUUGCACAGACACUGAGAUGUCGGUGUCAGUUGCACACAGCCUGACAGUUGAAGAGUCGCUGGUGCUGAAUGACGGACAGUGUGAGUUGCGGAAUGACACGGAGGAGAGGAGCUUCCACCUCCAGUUCCAGUUCUCAUCAUGCGGCACAAUCCAACAGAUCAAAGCAGGGAAAGAGGUGGUGUACAGACAGGUGAUCAACAAGAAGUCGGAAGUGGGCAACACCAACAUCAUCAGUCGGGAGGGAGAGCUAGCCAUCACCAGGGACAGCAGGUACGUCCCAGGAGAUGCUAAUACAUAA